AUGAGCACAUCUUUUUCAUCGCCAUCGGCUUGCCCGAAUUCCACCAUCACCACUCGUCUACGAAGGACACCAACAUCUCGCAACAUCACCACAACCCUACUAUUUAUUUCCAUCUUGAUCAUUGUAUUUUUCAUUGUUCAGUCACAUCAAAAUGUAGUGGAAAAAACGAAAAAAAGCCAAGAUUCGGAACAAGUAGAAGAAGAAAGCAUCAAGAAGGAACCUAAAGUCAUCAUAUUGAACGCAAAUGAUGACGAAAAUGCUCUCGAUGAUAUACCCGAAGACUUACGAGACCGACUUAAACUGGUUUUGGGUCAAAUCAAAAAUCAAUUUGGGCAAUCCAAAGACGAUCAGUCUGCAACAACUUCGAAGAGUGCAGCUUCGAAUGUUGAGACAAAACCUGCCACAACAUCAAAGGCAACAUUUGAUGAGAUUAACUUCAAUUUUGUUGCGGAAGAUUACAAUACUAUUAGCUAUGAUGAAAUCACAAAACCACUCGACUAUUCUUCAUUCUUAGAGCCAAAUGAAUUAGUACCAUAUAAAAGAAAACAGGAAGUUAGGAUCACCUACCGUAGAAAGCUCAUGUCAAAAAGAAUUGAUGCAGAGAAAAAAAAGAGUGGCCAAGAACCAACAAACAAUGAAGAAAGCUUGACCUCCAAAUUAUUAGAGGCAAAAUCAAUAUUAAAUCCCGAUCUUGAGAGGUACAACAAAGAAGAAGUAGCAAAAGCAAUUCAUAUUUAUGAGAAUGUAUUAACUGAAGACAAAUCUAAUGCCGUUGCAAUGUAUAAUUUAGCUACUGUGUAUAAGACCGAUAAAUUCGGAUUUAGAAAUUUCACCAAGAGCAAAAUGUAUUAUGUUCUCUCUGCUGCUCUAGGAAAUUCAAUGGCUCAAUUUGAGACAGCCUUGCUCUACAGCAACAAUUUAAUUACAGAGAAAGAUAUUUCAAAUGUAAAGCAACUUUUGAUCGAUUUGUAUGGACAACCUGCUGAAAUGAAGAAAAAGUACAGCAUCAUUUUCAACAACUUACCACAAAAAUUGGAUAACACUGAAUCAAUAGCUCUGUUGUAUUUAUUUUACAGCUCUUUAGAUGGAACCACUGGGGCGAAUAUUGCGCUCGGUUAUAGACAUUUAUUUGGACAUGGUGUUCCAAAGUCAUGUAAAACUGCAGCAUUCUAUUAUGUAAAGGCAGCAGAAGAUGUUGCAGCUGAAUUCGAAGAUAGUAAGAUGCCAUUAAUUGAUCAUGUUCGAUUGAAUGAUGAAAUUGCAAUUCACAACAAACAGUCUCAAGAAGAUAUUAUGGACUAUUACCAAUAUUCAGCAAGCAAAGGAUCGUCCUCUUCAAUGCUCGUUGUUGGUUAUGCGAACUUGUAUGGAAUUAGAGGAGUGGAACAAAACGUGGAAGCUGCACGAAGACUUUUCGAGCAAGCAGCUGAGGCUGGAGAAUAUGAAGCAUAUGGUGCCUUAGGUAAUAUGUUUUGGAAAGGAGAUGGAGUGAUAAGAAAUAACGAAACAGCUUACAAAUACUUCAAGAAGGGAGCAGAUAAAAAAGAUCCAUCCUCUUUGAAUGGACUUGGAAAAAUGUAUUUGGAGGGAGCUAUUGACCAGGAAGGAAAUGUCAUCAUUGAACAAGAUUAUGAGAAGGCAGCUGGUUAUUUUAACAAGAGUGCUGCCCUUGGCAACUCUGAAGCUCACUACAACAUUGGUAUACUCUUCAUGGAAGGAAAGGGAGUCAGAAGAUCAUACAAGCAAGCUUUUCAACAUUUUGCGAUUGCAGCACAACAUGGACAGGUGCUUGCAAAAUACCAACUCGGUAAUAUGCACCUGUAUGGACUGGGAACGAACCCUAAUUGUGAUGUUGCUGUGAAAUUCUACAAAUCAGUUGUAGAGAAAGCUUCGUGGACAUCCGUUAUGGAAACAGCAUUUGAAAACUAUGUAAAUGGAGAAGAUCAACAUACUGCCCUGUUACUUUAUAUGCAAGCUGCAGAGUUAGGAAUUGAAGUUGGCCAAGCAAAUUUGGCUUUCAUGUAUGAUAGAGGAUAUGGUCUUGAAGAAAUUAUUAAGGAUUUGACUGAGGAAAAGCAAGAAUUGUUAAAGUUCAAGGGAGCCAUUAAGUGGCACCAACAUGCUGCCGAGCAAGGAAAUGUGGAUGCAUAUGUUAAAGUGGGAGAUUAUUACUAUUAUGGAUCUUCGGCAUUGACUUCUUCGUCCUCUGCUGAGAAUUUGGAACAAUCAUACGAAAAAAGUCUAUACUUUUACAGAAGGGCAAAAGAUCUCAACAAUGCUCAAGCCAUGUUCAACUUGGGAUAUAUGCAUGAACAUGGAAAGGGUUUGCCACAAGAUUUCCAUUUGGCAAAACGACACUACGAUAUGGCUGCAGAAGCUGAUCCAGUGGCUUAUGUUCCAGUAUUGAUGGCUCUUGGCAAACUUUAUGUGCACUGGGGAUUUUCUCUUGCCAAAGAUUACAUUUCUAAUUUAUUUACCAUUAAUGGUCAAGACGACUCAUCUCUGGACGAUGACGAUGAUUAUCCUGCUUCAUUUUCAGAGUUAUUCAAGGGUUGGAUCGCCAGUUAUGAGGACUAUCUGUUCGCUCUAUUAAUUGGAGGAUUUUUGUUACUGAUAUUUGUGAGGUAUAUUGUCACCAUUCAAGCUCAAACUCCCACCAGGAGAGGAGUAAGAACAGCGACACAGGCCAAUGAUCAGCAUCAAGUGGAAGAAGGCGCUGAGGAGCAGCAUCACCACCACCACGAAUAA